AUGGGCCAUGAUGAGCAGGUUAGAAUGAUAGCUGAAGAAGUAAAAUGUUCAUAUGAUGUUGCAAGAAAUGCAUAUGUGGAGGCGAAUGGCGACAUUGAGCGUGCAGUGCAGAUCGCAAAGAAAAAGGGGAAUGUUUUAUAUUCUGGAGGAAACAGUGGGCUUUAUGUUGAGGAAAAGCCAUCUGGAAGGACAAUAACUCAAUAUAAGAAUGGUGUUUUGGUGAACAACAAAUUCUACAACUUUUCUAUUGAUAACAAUAUCAGACUCAAGCAAAUGCUCAGUGAUGGGGAGUUUGAUGCAUCAUUGUUGAAUGCUCAGGGAGAUACAGCUGAGGUUAUUUAUCAGGAAAGGUUGAAUGAAGAGUAUUGUGAGUUACCUAAAAAUGCGUCUGUAACUGGGAUGGAGCGUAAACCAGGAUCUUCAUUUAUUGGUGAAGGUAGAAGAUUGGGAAAUUCAAAAAAGUAA